UGUAAGCAGCACAGUAUGCUGCUUCGUAGGGUGGCUGGGCACAAAUGCGGAGCGCUUUGGCCAGCAAGCACCCAAGCAGUGCACUGAGGCGCUAAGCCAGCCCCGAUGCCGGCAACAUUUUUUGGAAGGUGCUUUGGCUUGCCCCAGGCGCAGCGCCGCUCAUCAGACAGUGGAAGUGUUGGCAGCCCUGACCAGGGGUAUGCCGCCGCAGACAGCGCAACGGGUGCGGCGUGGUGUCACCCGGCCGGCCGUAUCAUCACGGCGGCGACAACUCCCUCGUCGGUGCCUGCUCCCACGCUAGCGCCUGCGUUCACCACCACCCCUGCGCAGCCACUGCCGCCUCAUGUCGUUUCCGAAUCCGUGAGCAGCGCCAGUGGCUUCGUGCCGCAGAGGUUGGAGUGUGGUGGGCUGGGCAACACAGCGGCCGGCACGUCCACAAACACCGCAACCACCUCAACCACAGCUCGGGUGCUAGCGGCGGUGGGGGCAUCGAGCGCAUCUGCGGACCCGCCCGGUCAUGCGCAAGGCCACGGGCUGCAGGGGCAGGGGCAGGGGCAGUCCCAACAGACAGACACGGAAACGGACCGCUCGCGCUCACCGUGCAACACGUCACGGACGGCAUCCCAGCGGCGGCAGGGCGAUGAUCUGGACCCGCGUAUCCGUAUACCCUUUCAGGAAAUCACAUUCUUUAAGGUGAUUGGCAAGGGCAGCUUCAAGACGGUGUACCGGGGCGCCUGGAACAACACGCACGUGGCGGUGGUGGCCAUGCGGCGCGGCGGGCUGGUGGCUGAGGCCCGGCUGCUGCAGCGGCUGUCCACGCACCCCAACCUGGUGCAGCUGUACCGCUGGAGCGCGGACGAGAGCGGCAACGAGUACCUGGUGAUGGAGCUGCUGCCGCUGGGCUCGCUGGACGCCGUGCUGCGCUGCAUUGGGCGGCAGCUGCUGACGCAGACCAAGAUGACGGUGGUGGAGCAGCUGGCGUCGGCGUGCCUGGAGCUGGCACACGAGGGGCUCAUCCACGGGGACCUGGCGGCCAGGAACCUGCUGGUCAAGAGCCUGGAGCCGCCGCACGUCAAGCUGGCGGAUUUUGGCUUGUCUCGACCGGCGGCAUUCCCGGGGCAGGAGUUGGGGGACGGACCCUCGUCCCUCGAUGCCCCCAUGCCUGCGGCACCUAACUCUGUUGUGCCGGCUCGCUGGGCUGCGCCCGAGGUUCUCGCGGGCGAGCCACCGUCGGAGGCCGCGGAUGUAUGGAGCUUCGGGAUGGUGUGCUGGGAGAUAUUCUCCAACGGAGCUGAGCCAUACGCAUCGCUCAGCAACCGCGAGAUCCUGAACGCGCUGCGCUCCGGGUACCGCCUGGAGCGGCCGCGCGGCUGCCCCCUGGAGCUGUGGGGCCUGGUGCAGAGCUGCUGGCGGGACGAGCCGCGCGAGCGACCCAGCUUCACCACCAUCACCACCACCCUGCGGAACUGGCGCGAAGCCUACGUCAGCAGCCGCGUAGCCCUGCGGGGCGCGGCAGCUGCUUAUCUUGGAGCUGUGGAGUCCGUCGCAAUCUCCGGGGCUUCUGCAAGCCCUGCCGCGUCGCUGGCACCUGGCGGCCCCAAAGCAACUGCCAUCGGGCAGCGCGCUGGCGUGCCGACGCCCACGGCUCUCGAACCCGCAAGCCCGCGCACCGUUGCGGCGGUGGCAGCCGCGAAGUCCGCAGCCGCCCGCAUGCUCCUAAACACGGCAGGCGGGCUGCCAGUCGACGGCCGCGAGGCAACCAGUCGGGGCGGCAGCCGGGAGCCAGGGCUCGCCACCAGCAGCGUUGCAGCCAGUCCCCCAGUGGCCGCGGCGGCCAGCUACCCGGCACUUCCCUCUUCCGCGCCGCGCGUCGCGCGUGUGGUGCUUGGCGCACAUGCGUCGGGCUUUCCCGUUCGCCCCGCCGAGCCAGCAGCCUCCGGCACCGGCGGGACUGGCGAUGGUGUGGCCACACCCACCACGGCGCGCAACACAAACGCCAUUGCCAGCUGCGUGAUGCAUACGCACAUGUCCUUCGAGGUGGGCGAGCCGCCCAUCAUGCCGGCGUACACCAGCGGAUCCAGCGCCGCCUUCACCUCAGCGGCCGUGUCGCGCGCGUCACGGGAGCUGCCCUUCAGCAACUCCGCCGGCGGCACCGGCGACAGCGGUGCCCAUCCGGCGCUGGCCGCGAGCGCGGUCUCGGGCCAAGGCGUCCUGUCUAUCCCGCAGCCCUACUUGCCACACCGCGACUCGCCCACGCAUGUCAGCAGCUCCCGCGGUCCUGGCGGACCCACCGCAGCCAUCAAGCGGCGCGGCACUUCCUCGACCGGCGAGCUGCAGCUGCAGAGUGCCGUCGCUGCUGCUGUUGCCACUGCUGCGACCGCAGGCACAGGUGCGAGCUCAGGCCCGACAUUCGGACGCGGCAGUCGUGAGUCGCCUCUGGCCAGCGGUGCCGUGUCUUCUCGCGGCCAGGGGCCGGCGCACUACGGCCGGCGCAUGGUGCGGAAGACGCACAGCAGCACCGCGGUGGCUGCGCCUUCGGCGGCCGUGGGCGCCGCGGGCGCUUCCGCAGGAGCGGCGGUGUCUGGAGGCGCGGCGGCGGGCACUGGCGGGCUGCCGGGUUGGCGGAUGGCGGCGAGCCUGGAAGAGGUGGAGGCUCGAUUGCCACCGAGCAUGCAGCCUUCCAGCGGCGCACAGGCUUCCGGGAAACAGCCGCAUGCGCCGAUGGCAGCGACCUGCUGGGGAUCUGCACCGGUGCCCUGCUCGACGCGUGAGCCGGAGGCGCUGCCGGCCGAGGUGGCGGCACGGUGGUUGCCUCCAUCUACGAGCGCCACGGGCUCGCCAGCAGCCACCGGGGCUGCAGGGGGUGCGGGGGCCGAACCGCCACGGGCAGGUGAUGCCAACACUCGCACCAACAGCAGCAGCACGGCGACGCCGCCGGGCAGGGGCGCCCUGGGACACAGCUCUGGGGCCGAGCUGGCGGGCGUGCCGGAGGAGGAGGACCCAGGGCACGCACAGCCGCGAGAACAAGCAAACUACGUGCCUGUGACUCUGGCGCAAAGCAGGCGGCGAGCGCAGAAGAGCCCGGCACGGGCUCCUAGCUUGGCGUCGCCUGCGGCACCCGUCCAGACGCAGAGGGCAGAGCCAGCUGCCCAGCCAGCUGUGCAGCAGCUGGCACAGCGCGCGAACACGCCCGCCCGUGGAGCCUCCUCCGCAUCUCCGUACGUGCGCAUCUCGGACCUAGCCACAGGACUCUCGCCGGGUGCCGAAGCGGCUCUGGCAGCCCUGCGCGCGGGCAGCACUACCCGCCUGGCUACGGCGGCCGGCCUCACCGCUGCCACGCCACCCGCCGCACUGGCCAGCACGGGUGCCGCCUCACGUGGGUUAGCCUCCAUCACGACGUCACCGUCGUCCGCCCCACAGCCGCCCGCGCAGCUGGCAGCAGCGGCGACUAUGCAGCCUCCAGCAUCUGCGGGUGCUACAGUCCCUGGUGCCCAUGCGGACAUCGCGCCAGAGCCACUCGUCACAACGGCGCUGCCAGAGGCGGCCAUGGUGGCGGUUGUCCACGUAUUUCCAGCCCCUAGUGCCGCAGAGCCCUCAGCGGCGGCGGCGGCGGCCGGCCGCGGCCCGCAGCAACAGCUUUUACCAGUGCCGUCGGGUGUGCAGGUUGCAAGCGUGCCCUCAGAGGAUCUCAGUCUGCGCAUGAUGAUGCGACUUCCGUCGUCGGCGCUCCCACAACAACACCUUUAUCAGCAUCACAACAACUCGAGCAGCUCACAGCAGGCGGCGAUUGCCAUGACUGCACUCAACGACCACACCGCCGGCAGCUCCGACGGCCGAAGCUCCAUUGCCUUCAGGGUUGCCGCGUCUUACGGCCACAGCGGCAGCGGCCGUGCUGCUGCCACGGCUGCCAUGCUUGCCGCCGUUGCCGCCUCGGCCAACCUGCCCUCGUCCGGCAACCCCGGCGGCACGUUCAUAGUGGGGACGCUGGCCUCUGCAGCCAGCUGCGGAACCGGGACCGGAACUGCGACCGCGACUGCGGCGCGUAGCGGCGGCGCUUCUGGGAGCGUCGCGGCGGCGUCGCUCAUCCAUCACGUGCUGCUCGGCACAGCCGACAUGAGCGGCUUUGAUUUGAGCGCCUUCCUAAACGACACCAUGCUUUCGGCAUCCGGUGUGCCUGCUGCGUCUGCGUCUGCCAUGAGCAGCGGCACCCCUCUGGCAGCCGGCGCGCUGCCGAUGAGUGGCGGCGGCCCCACGCUCACCACGUCCACGGUGGGUGGCAUGGGGGGCACGGCGCCCCCGUCCCAGACCGUGCUGGGGACGGGCCCACAACUCGAUCCGCACAACGCCUCACGCGGCCAGCUGCAGGCGCCCCAGGAUCAGAGAGUUACACCUGAUAGCGGUGCGCCCGCACGCGUGCAGCCCAGCUCAGCUUCCAUCUCCCUAGCAGCGGGCAUGGCGCAGUCACCCCGCCGCCGCGAUGCUGACACGCGCGGCGCAGCGGACGCGGCAGCGGCUGAAGCAGUGGGAAUUAUUGCCGCAGCGGCUGAGGCGGUAACUUUGGCCGUCCUACCGGACGAUGCAGCUGUAGAUCGCGCGAUGCCGGAUCAGAGGCUAACCAGCGCCCAGGAGGUGAGGCAACAGGGGCAACAGCAACUGCCGCAACCGCGACAGCAAGUGUCGCAUACAGCGCAGCAAGAGCCACAGGCGCAGCCUCAGACCGAGGUUCCACACCUGGCGCCACUGGACCUACAGCCUCGGGCGCUGCAGCUGGCGGUUCAUCAGCAGCCGCUGUCAUUGCUGCUGCCGCUCCAAUCGCGUCGCGCUCGCCGUGGCAGCGGCAGCAGCCGCAGCAGCCGUGCCAGCUCGCAGCUGCACCAUCCUGUGCCGCGCUGCGGCUCCGGCUGCCAGCCCCACUCGUUCCAACAGCAGCAUCCACCGACACAUGAGCAGCUGCCGCUGCAGCAGCAACAGCAGCCUAUGCAUUCGCACCUUCCGUCGGGCAUGCACGGAGGCAGCGGCUAUCUGCGCAAUGCCGCCUCACAGACGGGCUCUUUGGUGCUGAGCAGUCGUGGCAUGGACAGCACUGGUGUCAGCGGCACACAUCUGCGGACGAUGCCACCAGGCCUGGGCGCCGCUCCCGGCAGCCUCGGACCAGAGCCAUCGCCGCCAGGCUCCGCGCACUCGGCCCGCUCCAAUCGUUCCAUGCAGUCAGCCCGGUGGUCGACGCGGUCUGGCAACGCGCUGCGGUCGGGUCAGGGCGGGCUGGCGCCUGGGUCGCACGGCAACGCCAAUGGCGCUGCGGCGGGGUCCGGGUCCACUCCGCUGGCGACCAGCACCCAUGAAAUUAUGGAGACCGCACACGACGGACGCAGCGCACGCGCCGGGGCUGGAUUGCACAGUACCAGCCGAGCCGCGGUCAGCGGUGGGGCCAGUGGCGGUGGAGACAGCAGCUUCCGCCUGUUCAGCGGCAUGACGGAAUCACAAGCGCUGCAGGCGCUGCAGGCGGCGGCAGGCGAGCAGUUGAUGUUGCUGCGUGGCAGCACCGACGUAGACCAGCGCCCCACAGGUGCGCUGCUUCCCGCUGACGGCAGCAGCGGCUGCGUCGGCAGCCUACCGUUUGUCCACCUGCCCCUGCCGCCGCAGUCGCCUCUCAAUCGCCGCAGCUCAGGUUGUGGUCCCGGCCUGCUGCUCGGCCGGCCCGGCACAAUCCUAGAAGAUUAUCCACUUGGCGUGCCGGCACUCCCCAACGUCGCCGGCGGCCCUGUAGAAGGCGCUGGCCCCCGCGGCGCCGUGCUUCGUGCGGGGUUGAUGGUUGCACAGCUGCAGGAGAGCAACAGCGGCAUGCUUGACACCAGUGUCGCGCUGUCGUCUAGCGCGGGGCUGGGCCCCGGCUCUGCCGCCGCUCCUGCGAGCCUGCGGAGCCUGCACAGCAUCCUGCCCACCCACACACAGGAACUGCAGCUGCCGGUGCAGCCGGGAGCAGGUGACGCGGCUGGACCAGCAAACACGGCUGUCGGCACGGAGGCCGGCAGCCGGCGGCGCAGUCGUGAGCGCGAGCGGACAAAUGGCGGCGGCGGCGGCAGCCGGCGCGGUGGCGGCAGCAUGGGUGAUACGGGCGGCAGCAUCACACUCCAGCAGCUGCAGCACCAGCAACAGGUCUCAGGUGGCAGGCGGCUGCCAAUGAUGCGGGGCGGCGCGCUAGACGAGCUGGGCGGCUCGUUCCAGUCCCUGCUUCUUGGCUCCUCAGAGCCGCACACGUCCUACCUAAGCAGCACGGAACGCACCACUCCCAGCUAUGGGACAACCGGCGCUGCGGCGGCGGGCGUGGCGGCUGUGGCGCAGGCGCUGGUGUGCAGCUCCGCGGCGACUGGUCUGACAGGUGGCACAGGCCUCACAGGUGGCACGGGCGGCACAGGCGGCACUGGGCCGGGUGUCCAAAUGGAGUCGUCAGAGGCUGGCCAAGCGCAUUCUGCACGCUCGGCGCCGCCACAGGAGGGCUCAGAGAGACUUGACUCGAGUCUGGAAGCCAUGCCGGGCGAGCUGGAGGAGAGGACUGCAAUCUUCAGGUUUACACAGACGCGGCUGUUGCAGGACCUGGGGCGUGAGCGAGACUGGUGAAGCACGGGCGGUUGGCCCUGAAAAAGGGGUCGCCCUCGUGGAAUGGCAAAUGCAAGUCUGGGGGUGGGGGUUGAUCUCGUCACGUGCCGAAGGAUCCGUAUGCCAACUGUAGUUUGACCGUAUAGUAUGCUACAAAGCAUAAUGCCUGCCGCGUUAAUGGCGAGAAUUGCUUAUAAUGCAUCAUUUAAUAAGCCUCUUGCGGACGAUGCAUGGUUACUGGCUGGGUUUAAUAUUGCUACUGCGCGUAAGCGGUUCCCGCAGUGCUGGGACCCCGUCCAAUUGUUUAAUGCUUCCAGCGCAUGUUGCAAUGUUACGCAUGCCAGGUGAUGUAGGUAUAUGCGUGCAUUCUAUGAGCAGCCGAUGCCAUAACCUGCGUCCACUUUGAAGGUGACGGGCUGGUGGCCUGGUGAUCAUGUGGGCUUAGCACCGCUGGUGGCGAAUCAUUGUAUUAUGUCGGGAGAAGCUAUGCGGUUAUUAUACUACUGGUGAACCAAUGAUGGAAUGUUGAAGGGAUGCUCGUAUGCUCAAUUGCAUGACGUCAACAGCAUGGAGUAUACGCUGUGUCGCAGCUGGGCUGGACGAACAGGUGUUAGGUGGGCGGCGAGAACUACAGCGCUUGACGGUGUGAACUCUUCAGGCGAGGAUUUGGGGUUGCGGCGUAGACCGUUGCUCGAAGUUGUGGCGAAAUGGAAGCUUGCUGUACAGGUCGAUCUCCGAAGCCGGCUGCUGCAGGACCUCCACGUGGACACUGCAGCGGAGUCGACGAGCGGGCUUCGCCGGGGUACAUCUGGGUAGUAUGGACAGGCGCAGGCUGGGUAGUAUGUGUUUGUUUGCAGCCGGUAUAUAGGUUAGGGGGCUACGCUGUGUUAUGUGUCUUGACUUCUUGAUGCACCUUCGGAAAUCUGCCCUUGAUAUUUCCGUGCUCGAACUCGAAUGCACGCAUGGGCGCCGCCAAUAAAUGCAUGGCUGGUGAGUGGGUCGUAUUGAAAUGCACGACGCUCGUGCCCACUUGCACCAAGUUGUCUGCGGGACAUGUUGGUAGCCCAGCUAACCCCGGGAGAUGCAGCAUCUGAAGUAAUGUGUGUUUGAUGAGCACGAGUUGGCAUGAGAGGCGUGCCAAUUGUGUAUUGCGUUCAAGCAGACGAGCGCAUGAAGAUGCUGAUACGGUAUGUAGUACAGCUAUACACAGAAGCUGAGCCACGUCGCGACUGGACACGUUACCGUGCCUGGGCUGUGGAGUGAGGUGGAGCAUGCGGAUAGAGCUUCUCGCUCGGGGCCCGUGUGUGCAAUUACCCAAUGCGUAUGGCCAUGUCAGCUGCCGGAAGCUGCUGGGGGUGACGGAGCCAGGCCGACGGGGCCACCAGCACUGGAGUGUACUUGUAUUCCCUCGCCUUGAAGGAUUGUUUGAUGGGACUAUGGGAGGCAGAGCAGCGCGCCUGUAUUUAAGGUUUGUUACUCAUAUACUCAUACAGCACCACCGUCCCCUGGCUGGCUGCAAUGUUACUUCACGGCGGAACUCAAUCUCUGCGCCUCACUGCGCCCCAUCUAGAGCUGACGCUUUCAUACGUGUCAUACAGGAGGAAGACCCGCUGACCCCCUCGACCUCACUUAUAACAAUCGUACCGUAGCUCUCUUCUUGGGGCCAAAAUGAAUCCCCCUGGUCAGUGCACGUAUCCUGCACUUGCGGUAGCGCAACAUGAUGCAAACAUGCUUGUAGUGCCAGAACAACUGAACAAGCGCAUGUGCAGCAAGGGAAAGUCCGUUCCUGCGUCGUGGCAGGGCAAUGCCAAGCACAUGUAUGUGCACUAGCAUGCCAGGGCCGUCAACCAGAUCCUUGGGAUCAUACGCUGGGAAUAGGCUGCUGUUCCGUGUUAAUAGCGUAUCGAUAGUUGGACACGACCGGUAUGGAACACUGUCCUCGCGCCAGUCGGCUCUGGGCAACUACAAGGAUGGAGUGCCGCGCGUGUCAAAGUCAUGUGGAAGCGCUAGCUGACCUAGCUGAUGAAUGUCACAGUGGGAUAGAGCCUGCGAAGAGGCGUUCAUUGGCAUUAAAUAGAUUCCUUUUUAAUACGAUUUUGUCA